GGCGUGCGCAGUCGCGAUAGCGACGUCAAUGCCAAGGCGCCAGCGGCCAAUGGAACCGAAACGGAUGCAUCCGCCCUCGUGAUUGCACUUUUUGGUUCGUGUGCACUCCCGGCGAGUACAAAGGAAGCUGCCUCGGAGACCUUGCAUGCAAAGUCACCGCUGACAAAGCGGAUCCCACCACAGCGGCGCCGAAGGGAGCGCGACUGGACAGCGGCGAUGAUUCUGCCGAUAACCGCGCUGCGGCUGGCGGUCGCGGCCGCCGUGGAGAACGUGACCACUCCGUUGCCGGGAGACUUCCCCGAUGGCGACGUGAUUAUCUGGCGGCGAAGCGACGAGGGCUCCGAUAACUCGUCCUGGCUGCCUCCCCCGCUUCCGCCAUCAUUUAUUCCGGACAAACCGGACCCGGGCUUCGCACCAGACUAUAACACUCGAAUAAGACUGCCCCAGAACUCGACCGAUGUGCUCACUGUUGCGGAUAUCGCCGAAAUCGAGAGUAUGCUCGUGAGGCUGAACGAGACAACGAACGGUACUUCGUCGGCUGACAGCGAGAAGCCAGCUGAGCGUGUCCGACGUUCGGUGGACGACGAAGACGAAGAGGACGACGAUGACAAUAACAUCUCGCAGUCGAAGUCACAGGCGACUCCUGAGCUUUUCCCGCAGGGUGAGUCUGUGCCUGGCUAUUCGGAGGACGCCCAAAUGCGGCCAGCGCCGCAGAUGGACGACCAAACCUCGGAAUUCUUCGGCAAGUUCCUCGGCCUCAAGUCCGAUGAUCGUGCCGAUGAGACUCACGCAUCACUUGUUGAGCCGGCCGGACUGCUGCAGAAGGAUGGAGAGGACGAUGAGCAGGUUAGAGACCGUCGCCAGGCCACACCCACUCCUCCAGUAACGUUGACAAGCGAGGACGUCGUGCCAACUACAGUGCCCUCUGCGGAGCAGACCACCAUUUCGCCUCCGGAACAAUCAACCCCAGCCGCACCCGAGGGAGCCACUGUUGUGCCUCUUGAAGUAACCACUCUCGCGGUGCCCGAGCCAACCACCAUAGCAACUCCUGAACCGACAACUUUCACCAUUCCCGAAGCAAGCAGUGAAAUCCCCCAACCAUCUGCUCUGCCUACUGAGAAAGUUGAAGAGAAACCGGAAGGAAGCACUCCUGGUCUACCAACCGGUCCGCCUGAAGUCGCCACGGAACAGCCGGCCCCGGAAUACCCUUCCUACCCAAUCCAGCCGAAUGAUUUCUUCUCGCAGGGAUUCUAUCCUCCAGGCUACUUUCCCCAAGGCUUCUAUCCACAAUACCCGCAAGGUGGCUACCCCCAGUACCCCCAGAAUGCUCACCCGCAAUACCCUCAAGGUGCCUACCCCCAGUACCCUCAAGGCGGCUACCCACAAUACCCGCAGUACCCCCAAAACCCGCAAGGCUUUUACCCCAACCCAAGCGGCAUCAUUGAUCCCGGCUUUGCGCCAGACCCAAACCGCCAAUUACUGCAGAGAGCUCGUGAAGAACAACGGCGUAAAGGCCUUAGACAGCCGUGGAGUCAUGUUCCACAUGGCCCCUGGCAGGGCUAUCCUGGUGGUUCCGGAAUCAUCGAUCCAGGAUUCGCUCCGCGGCCAAUCGACCCGCUGCUGCAACGUGACCUUGAGCUCCAGAAGCAGAAUGGCGGGAAGGAAACAGCCGGUGUGCAGCAAGACAAUCAAAUGUCGCCAGAACCACAAAUGAAUAUUGUUUACGCAGAUGGUGGCGCCCAGGGGUAUCCACCGAACGCUCCAUUCGGUGGCCAAGGAGCAGAGGCACCCCGUAUGGAGGAUACUCUCAUUCAACAGACACAAGAUCAAGCAAGACAGCAGCAAGAGCAGCUGAGGCCGUCAGCACCGCAAGCGGAAGACGUGAAUUCGGCAGAGGCCGUUACCACUGCUACUGCGGUGGCCGAGAGCAACCGCGAGUAGACAGUGGGCACAUUGAGGGAGUCCACGUUUUGGCCUUAAUAACAGUUCCAUGAUAAUUUUGAAGCCGUACCCAAAAUAAAGCAUGGUCGAAGAAAAAAAAAAACCUG